UUUUGCGGGGAUCCGAGACAAUGGGUUUUCUGGGUGGAGAGAAGAGCCAAUGAGAAGGACUUUUAGGUUGGAAACAGCCAGAAGGCCAUGUGGCUGAAGCAAACAGAGCCAGGGCCGGAGUGCUCUGUGAUGUAGUUGGGGAAGUGGCAUGACUAGCAGCGCCUUUUAGCCCAAGGCAGGGGUUUGGCUAAUGUGUACCUUAAGGGUUUUAAGAAGGGAAGUAACCUGACCUGAUUUACAUUUUUAAAAAUCCGCUCUGCCUGCUGGAUAGAGAAGGGUGGAAGUAGUUAGACCUGUUAGGAGACUGUUGCACUGUAAGACAAAGGAGAGGUGAAGAUAGUGUUGAAAGGGCCGGCCGGGCGCGGUGGCUCACGCCUGUAAACCCAGUACUUUGGGAGGCCCAGGCGGGCGGAUCACGAGGUCAGGAGAUGGAGAUCAUCCUGGCCAACAUGGUGAAACCCCAUCUCUACUAAAAAUACAAAAAUCAGCUGGGCGUAGUGGCACGCGCCUGUAAUCUCUGCUACUCAGGAGAAUCGCUUGAACCCGGGAGGUGGAGGUUGCAGUGAGCCAAGGUCGCGCCAUUUCACUCCAGCCUGGGCAACGGAGUGAGACUCCGUCUCAAAAAAAAAAAGAAAAAAGAAAAGGCCCUCACUCACAGUGGAAAUGGAGAGAAUUCCAUUCAGCAUAUAUUUGGGAGGUAGUGCUUGCAGGACUUGCUGGGGAAUUGGAUGUGAAGUGUGUAGGAGAGGGAGGAACCAAGGUUAACUCCCUACGGGAAAACAGUUUAGAAAGGAAUAUCGAAAGUUCUCUUGAACAUAUUAAGUUUGAUAAGUCUAUUAACAAGUCAAAUGAAGUUGUCAAGAAGUUAGAUAUACAAGUCAGGGAAAAAUCAUAGUUGGAGAUAAUAAAUGAGGAAGGCAGGGAGGAGCUCCCAGAUCACCUAAGAAGAGGGUGUAAAUAAAAGAGGAAGACCCCUAAAUCCCUUGGGUUCUUACCAUUUAGAGAGUACCCAGAGAAGGAGAAGCCAGCAAAGGAGAUGACACAGACAAGACCUCAGAGAUCAAAGAGGCCCCUUAAUAUCCUGGAAUAAUGGGACCCAUCCCCAUGAUCAGUGAAUCUCAUCCACCCGCUUGCCAGCUUCUACCAGCAGCAAGUAGAAGCUAAGUCCUGGCUCAAAUCUCUUCCCUCCCUCCCUCUCCCAGCUGUCAGUGCUUUUGGACUUGUGCUCAGAUGACAACAGCAACACGACAAGAAGUCCUUGGCCUCUACCGCAGCAUUUUCAGGCUUGCGAGGAAAUGGCAGGCGACAUCAGGGCAGAUGGAAGACACCAUCAAAGAAAAACAGUACAUACUAAAUGAAGCCAGAACGCUGUUCCGGAAAAACAAAAAUCUCACGGACACAGACCUAAUUAAACAGUGUAUAGAUGAAUGCACAGCCAGGAUUGAAAUUGGACUGCAUUACAAGAUUCCUUACCCAAGGCCAAUUCAUCUGCCUCCAAUGGGCCUUACCCCACUCCGAGGCCGGGGACUUCGAAGCCAAGAGAAACUGAGGAAACUUUCCAAACCAGUAUAUCUCAGAUCUCAUGAUGAAGUUUCCUAAUCUAGAGGAAAGUUUAUUUCUGCAAAUGAUGAGCCAACUAGUUAUUGAAUGUAAACCAGAUGGCAAAACACUUCUUGAUUAGGGGCAAAAAUUCAAAUGUCUUCUUAAAACCUCCACAAUUGAUUCUCCCUCUGUGACGUGCACUUAGAUAUCCCUAGAGUUUCUCAGCAUCUUUCUUCCUGAAUGGAUGGCAUUAUCCCUAGAGGUCAUGGACCUUACAUCCUCACUGCAGUCACCUUUGGAAACAAGACCGAGGCCUGUAGAAGGAAAGCGGAAGGGUGUAAGAGCUGUUCAUGGGAAUUCCAUUCACCACACAUGCCAGAUGAUGGAAAGAAAUUUGCCAGUCACUGGAAGUUACUGUGGCUACUAUAAAACUAUGUACCACUCUCAGAAUAUUCUUAGGCUUUUUUUUUUUUCAAGUUAUAGAUUUGCUUAAAAGUGAGGUUUUUUUGUGUGUGCUUUUUUGUUGUCUUUUGACCCUUCCAGUUUCCAAACUUGUCUUAAAAAGUGCAUCAUUGGAUUGACCAUGGUUUUUCAUGAAAUUUUAUGAGAUUUCUGCCUUAACAAAAUGCAUAUAUUCCUUAUCUUAAAGCCUGUCAUUACUUAGGAUGCACUUAUAGGAUCUGAAAAGCUCACUUUAAACUCAUACUGCAUUCAUUACGAGUAUUUUACGUUAACAUAAUUGAAAAGUACAAGGUCCAAGCUGGCUUUCAAAUUAUGUCUAAACAGAAAUGGGACAAAUAGACUUGAAAAUAGAAGGGAUUUAUUCCACCCCUGCAAGGGUAGAGUCAGGUGAGAGUCCCUUGGUGAGUCAUUUGUACAUCAGUGUCAUUUCUUCUUAACCUCUGAAGAAGAUGGGCAUCAGAAAUAAAGACAAAGCACUAUCAA